AUGGGCCGCCACACAUGGGACUUGCGCCCCUCGCCGACGUCGCAGAGCUUGCAGAGCGCGCAGAGCUCGCGGAGCGCGCAGAGCGCGCAGAGCUCAGCUCAGGAAGCUCAGCAGAUUGUGAACUUGACGGAGCUGCUCGUAAGCAGAAUCUCCGACUUCGAGGCGGCCCGGCCGAAUAUCCUGCGAGCCGUGCCGUGCUGCGAGGUGCUGCGAAGUCUUGGAGGGGCGCUGCGAGGGAUCCGACCGAGAAGGAAUCCGAGUUUCACCACCGCAACGAUCAUGGAGUUCUGGUCCCACUCUUGGCAUGGAGGAGUUUGGAUCAAGGUUCUCACAAUGUUCAUGCUAAAAAAUGGGCCCAUGGCAGUUUGCUUCGGGUGGCUUGGGGCUUUGCUGAUGGCAGCUCUCUUUGCGACAGGCAUGUUGCCGAGCUAUGAGCGUGUACCCUUCUUGCAGACGGGAGCAAGGAUGUACCCGUUCGGGCCCUGGUCGUUGUGCACUGCGACCUUGGUUGCCACCUUUACCCUGAGAUGCUGGAGACGGAAGACCUCGGUCUUCCUUGACGUUCUCUGUAUUGAUCAGGACGAUGCACGACUGAAGACCGAAGCACUCCUCAGCAUAGGGGCAUUUCUCAAGAAGUCUCAGUCCCUCCAUGUUUUCUGGGACGAGACGUGGGUACGACGCCUCUGGUGCGUGUUUGAGCUCGCAGCUUUCAUUAAGAGCCAUGGAAAAGAGGACGUGGCUGCGAACUUGGUCAUCAGGCCAACUCUCCUCGGGACUUGCUCGGUCUCCAUUUUUGGCGGUUGCUUUGUGACAUCGCUGGCUUUCCUCUGCGUCCCUUUCGACGACUUUGAGCUGGGAUAUGUGCUUUUUGCCGUGGGUGCAUUCCUGGGAUCAUACUACGCCAUUUCGUCGAUGCGGCGUUUCUAUGCAUCCGUUGAGAUUUUGCUGCAGCAGCUCGCGGGCUUCCGUCUGGAGCAAGCCUUAUCGCACUGCUGUACGACAGGCCACAGGAACAGUGAUGGAGAGGUGGUUAUGUGCGACCGUGAGAUCAUCCAACUCUGCAUAAGCAAAUGGUUUGGAUCCGUGGAGCAGUUUGAAGCGUCGGUCAGAUCCGACCUGUCGGGAGCUCUUUCUGAUCAGCUCGGGAACGGCUCGUUUUCAUACCUUUGGCUGAUUCUUGUGACCAGCCCUAUUCAAUGGUCGCAUCUGGAUAUGGUCGCAGCCAGACUGAGUGCGGACGACUGGUCGGGGGCUGCUGUGACGGCGACAAUCAACUUGACCUACGCCUGCUGGGCCUUUCCCUCGAUUUGCCGGUUUGCAAUGCUCCUUGCCUGUCGGGCCCGGCAUCCUUGUUCGGGCUUUGUCGCUGAUCAGCUCAAGACCCUGAUGGUGUUUUCCUUGUGUGUCCCGAUUUCGCUCGUUUUCACCACUCUGCUGCCUGGCCGCAGUAAUGCAGACAUGCUUUCGUGA